AUGCAAGUCCUCACAACAUCUUGCAAGCUGUCACUGGCCGUUGUGGUCGCGGUGUUUCUCCUGGGCUCGUGGGCGGCCGCCGCCCCCGGCCUGAGGAGGGUCGUCUCCAGCAGCUCCGACGAGCCGUGCAACGAGAUGACGCUCUACUACCACAACAUUUUCUACAACGGCGUCAACAACACGCAGAACGCGACGUCGGCGGCGGCCACCAAGCCCACGGCGCUGGGCACGACCCACUGGAAGAAUGGCACCUACUUCGGCACGCUCGUGGUGUUCGACGACCCCAUGACAGUGGGGAAGGUGCUACCCGUGGCGGGGGAGGAGCCUGCGGCGCGCGCCCAGGGCUUCUACUUCUACGACAAACAGGAGUCAUACACCUCCUGGUUUGGCUUCUCCAUCGUCUUCAACUCCACGGCGCACAAGGGCACCCUCAACCUCGUCGGUGCGGACCUCAAGGAUGACAAGACGCGGGACCUCUCUGUCGUCGGCGGCACCGGCAACUUCUUCAUGGCGCGCGGCAUCGCCACGCUCCGCCUCGAUGCCUCCGAGGGAACCGUCUAUUUCCGUCUACAGAUGGACAUCAAGCUCUACGAGUGCUACGUAUGA